CUCGACGUCAGCAGCAGCAGCCGUGGCGGCAGCGGCAGAGAUGUAAAAACUGUAAGUGCCAUCGCCAAGAAAGUUCAGUUCUUUCCGAGAUCUCGCUGCGUUCGUACCAAAAGAAAAGAAAAGAAAACAUAAUAAAGAAAGAGAGAGCUAUAAAGAGCGAGUGCGCGCACCGUGCAAACCAUUGCCUGCCUGCCCAGUGAUCCGCAACAGCAAUAGUUGAGGAUUGGAUCGGAGCGGAUCGAUUAAGUAGUCGGGCCGAAAACAAAACACUUGUGCAUUAAACGUAUCUCGUUCUCAAUCUGUAUCUGUAUCUUCUUGUUGUUCCUUGUGAUGAAAAGCUCGUGCAAAUCGUGAAUCAAGAACAAUCAGACAGCGCCGAGCAGGGGCCGAGGAGGAGCCGAGUGCUGUGCGUGGUGAUAUAUUAUAUUGAUUUCGCUUCGACACCAAACAUUCGGCUGAAUCAUCGUCUAUAUUGAGCGCCAAGCAACAGCAACGAUCCAUUCACAUCCAUUUGGAACGAUCACGCUUCAGUUAACCCCCACGCAGGGCUGACUUCCUGAUCCACAGCGUGUCUUACAGUUAGGACGCCAUGAGCAAAGAUCAGCUGGCCACACCCAUACCCGAGGAGCUGUACAAUCUGACGCAACUGGCGAAUGUGACACUGGCGGCUGGACCGCUCAGCACAGCUGCCGAAGGCAACAACAUGGCCGGCAACAACAACAGCAACAACAACAGCAACAACAGCAACAACAUAUUCUAUGCCUCGUCGGAUGAUGACUCCACCUACAACUCCUACAGCCACAAGGUAUUCGACCGCAGGAAACUGCGUCGCUCCACCAUCUCUGACUCGAACUCCUGCGCCAGCAUCGCCAGCAGCAGCAGCCAAUCCAGCGAGCAAUCAGCCAUUCAGGCCGGCGGUAGCAGCAGCAGCAGCAUCAACGGCAGCUUGCUAGAGGAUGAGCACAUCUGCCCCGAGUGUGGCAAGAAAUAUUCCACGUCCUCCAAUCUAGCACGCCAUAGACAAACACACAGGUCAAUCAUGGACAAGAAGGCGCGCCACUGUCCAUUCUGCGAGAAGGUCUACGUCUCGAUGCCCGCCUUCUCGAUGCACGUGCGCACCCACAACCAGGGCUGCGAGUGCCAGUACUGCGGCAAGUGCUUCUCGCGGCCCUGGCUGCUGCAAGGCCACAUACGCACCCACACGGGCGAGAAGCCCUUCAAGUGUAUCGUCUGCAGCAAGGCCUUUGCGGACAAGUCCAACUUGCGCGCCCACAUCCAAACCCAUUCGAAUACCAAGCCACACACGUGCGCCCGCUGUGGCAAGGCCUUCGCCCUGAAGUCUUAUCUGUACAAGCACGAAGAGUCCUCCUGCAUGAAGAAUCGCAGCGAGGCGCCGGCCCGUGCCACCCAAGUGCUGCCACUGCCCAAGCAGCAGUCGGAGCAACUGGAGGCAGGAGGAGCAGGAGCUGCCUCUGCAGCGGCUCUGCCGGACUCGGCAAAGUCAACGCUGGCGCACAAGUUGCUGCAGAAGAAGGAUCGCCGCCAGGCCCAAGCACAGGCUCAGGCUCUGGCCUAUGGCUAUCCCGGUCGUCUGGAGCACUACGAAAGCUAUAAGCGCAAUGGCCUGCUGCAGCCCACAAUGCUCCAGCAUCCGAGUGCAAUCUACCAGGAGCAGAUGCUGCCGCUGACGCUGCCCUUAGCGCUGCCCUAUCAUCCUCAUCAUCAGGCCUAUGCCCAUCAGCCGGCGGCUGGCGAGGAUGCGGAUAGGAACCGAGAGCGGCAGCAGGAGCAGGAGCAGCCCGUCGACUUUUCGCCCAAGAACAAUUUCACGCAUUCGGCCAAAACGAGUCCCUUCGAGCUGACCGGCAACUAUGCAAUGGUCGCCUAGCCACGCCCACCACACCAACAGCAGACUGUAAAAAGACAAACGAGACAGAGAUUUACAAUUUGGAGAUGACCAAAAAUC